GUGGGAGUGAGAAGAAGGCAGGACAGCUACUUAGUCCUGCGUCCGCCGAAGUCAGAGCUUCUGGCACGCGCGCACGCGCAUGCGGUUCUUGUUUAGGCUGAGUCCCCGAGCGAAAGCUACUGGAACUAUGGUCCCCUUUGGAUUAGGCUUCCAAGUCUCCUCGAGUCUCAAAAGCCCCACGGAUAGCCGUGAGCCUCCCAUCAGCAGCGAAAACCCUCGUGCCCCAGUGAAGAAGCGCAAAAGCCCACGGUACCAGAGGCAGCAGCCUCUGCAGCUCCGCCGGCUCCCGCGUAGGCUCCCGCGUCCCUUCUCCGGCGACUCGGGCGUGUGCGAUCUGUUCGAAUCCCCCGGCUCUGGCUCUGGCUCCGGCUCGGACUCCGGCUCCGGCUCGGACUCCAGCUCUGGCUCUGACCCCUGCUCCGGGUCCCGCUCUUUCUACGGCUCUGGAUCGAAUGACAUCCACAGCCCAGCCCCCCGAGACAGGCGCUGCAGAGAGCCUGCCUACUCGGGACUGCUGAGCAGCCCACUGGACCUGCAGAUCUUUCUCGAUUACGGACAGAGCUGCUACGCCUUCCGCAAGGGGCUGGAGAGCCAGUUCCAUCCACGCGAGUCCUUGGCGCAACAACCCCAAGUGACUGCAGAAUCCCGUUGUAAACUGCUCAGCUGGUUGAUCCCUGUGCACCGGCAAUUCGGCUUCACCUUCGAGUCGCUGUGCCUGGCAGUGAACAUCCUAGACCGCUUCCUCACCACCACCCCAGUGGCUGCGGACUGCUUCCAGCUUCUGGGAGUCACCUCACUGCUCAUCGCUUGCAAGCAGGUAGAGGUGCAUCCACCUCGAGUGAAGCAGCUCUUGUCCCUGUGCGGGAAUGCCUUCACCCGCCAGCAGCUCUGCAACCUGGAGUGUAUUGUGCUGUACAAGCUACACUUCAGCCUCGAGGCUCCCACUAUCGCCUUCUUCUUGGAGCAUUUCACCCAAGAGCGGGUGGCUUCCGGGGAGGCAGAGCUCAGUGACGCUGCCGAUGCCCAUGCCUUGGCCAAGGGGAUGGCGCAGCUGAGCCUGGCUGAUUACGCCUUCACCAGGUACACCCCUUCCCUCCUGGCCUUCUGCUGUCUGGGGCUGGCGGACCACAUACUCAAACUCCGAGAACUUCUGGACCUGCGCAUAAACAAUUACCCUGCAGCAGAGCUACAGGACUGCCUGGUGAAGCUGCAGCUACUGGUGUCUUUGAAUAGAGAUGCUUUGCCCCACAUCUUGCCCCCGCACCUCUCAGAGAAAUGCCCAUUUCCUGAGAUAGAGUUAAAACUAGCAAGCCCACCCACGGCUUCCGGCUCUCCUCCCUCCUCCAGAAAAGUCGAGCAGUAGCGAUGCUUAGCGUCACGCAUGCACAGUGUGACUGGAUUUCUUUCUCUUUAUACCUCAGAAAAGAGCAGUAUUGGCUUAAGGCUCCAAUUUAUAGAGUCUGCGUGAUUGUCUCCUCCAGCCUUUUGUUUGGGUGACUAACGAAGCAGGACUCGUUUAGCUUACGUAGAGCAGACCUUUGCGGUCCUGCGCAUUAGGUCUCAUUUGCACUGGCAGAUCGAUGUAAAGGCAAUCGGCAAUCGUAUCUCCCUGUUUAUUUAUUUUACCCAGAGGACAAUUAAGAGUCGCUAGGAAAACAAGUAGUUCCUCUACCCAAUAAAUGUCGAUUCCCGAGCUAA